CCCUUUUAUAGUUUUUGAGAAUAAGAAUUAUGUCAGGCCAAAUUUCCAAGGAGGAUCUAGAAUGCAUAGUCUGCACUGAAGUUCCUAUUGAAGUUAAGGAAACACCGUGUUGUGGAGUCAUCAUUUGUGGCAACUGUGGGCCUAAACUUAAGCAGUGUCCGAAUAGAUGAUCUGAAGAUCCUAUAUCUUUACAGAAGAAUAUGUUCCUUCAAAGAAUGGUAAAUCAGAUGCCUUCUGAGUGCGAAUACUGUCAGAAGGAGGUCCACAGGAAGGCGCUGAUCGCUCAUCAUUCUGUAUGUCCAAAGAAUCUAUUGAGGGAUGUAAUAAUCAAUGAAGCUCUCCACUGUUGUCCUCUAUAUAAGCAAGAGAAGCUAAAUACAUGGUUUUGAGAUGGUUCAAAAAUGGUAGAAGGCUUCUGUGCCAAAACAGGCAGAUCUAAAAGGGACAAUGAAGGCGGUCCUUCCUGGUUCUGUGAGAAAUGAGAUGUUGACUUUUGUCCCGGAUGUAUUGAGAAGUAUGGGUCUGAAGAAGAAUAUAAAGAGCAUAUAAAGUUCUUUCCAAAGGAAAUUGCCCAUUUAGCUCAUGAUCAUAAGCUAACAUUUAUUUUUGGGGAAGAUCUGCCAGAACAAGCAAAACUUCAUUGAUAUGGUAAAUAUAAGAGAGGAGGAUGUGCUGGAACUGAACAUGAGGAUAAGAGAUUUUUUGCUUGAUUUGAUUGAAAACUUUUAAUCUGCGAGUACUGAUUUGUUGCUCCAAUCGAAGAAUAUAUGAUAUCUGUGUCUAGUGAAUAUCAUCAUCACCCUCUUCAUUUAGCUGCUUUCUCUCCAAUAGAGAAAUGGGAGUGCCAAAAUGCCGGAGAAAAAUGUCUGAAACCAUCAAUGAUGAGCAACUUUAAUUGCAAAGUUGGCUAUAAAUGAGAUAUGUGCAAGUUUUACAGUUGUGUUGAAUGUGCGAAAUCAAAGCUAGUUAAGUUGUAA